AUGGCGGAAACGAUGGUCGACAAAUCCGAGAUCAAGGAUGUUCCUGUCGCCCAAGAAAUGCACGAAGUCAUCAGCCUGAGUACCAAAGGCGAGGCCCAGGAGAUCGAUAGAGCUCUGGAAAAGAAAGUGCUUCUCAAGACCGACAUCAAUCUUGUCCCCAUCCUCUUCCUCCUCUUUCUCUGCGCGUUUAUCGACCGCAUCAACAUCGGCAAUGCUCGCAUCCAGGGCUUGGAGAAAGAUCUCAACAUGGCUGGUCAGGACUAUAACAUCGCGCUGUUCAUGUUCUUCAUCUUGUAUAUUCUCCUGGAAGUCCCUUGCAACCUUAUUCUGAAAAGAGUGCGCCCAUCCAUCUUCAUCUCGUCCAUCAUGCUUGGUUGGGGAAUUGUCACCGUCUGCCAAGGGGUCACUCAAUCCUUUGCCGGCCUGGUUGUCUGUCGAGUCAUUAUAGGCGCAUUGGAGGCCGGGUUCUUCCCUGGCUGCCUCUAUCUGAUCUCAAUGUUUUACAAGCGCCACGAACUGCAAUGGAGGUUCAACCUUUUCUUUUCUGCCUCUAUCAUUGCGGGCGCUUUCAGUGGCCUUCUGGCGUACGCAAUUGCUCAUAUGGAUGGAAUCGCUGGAUACAGUGGUUGGAGAUGGAUCUUCAUCCUAGAAGGUCUCUUCACCAUACUGGUGGCCUUCGCUUCAUUCUUCGUUGUCCCAGAUUGGCCCGAGACUGCAAAGUUCCUGAAGCCGGCCGAGCGGGAACUCCUUGUUCGUCGACUGGCAAUGGAUGUUGAAGGUGCCAAUAUGAGCCAUUGGAAUAAGAAGACCGCCAAACGCGUCUUCAGCGACGUCAAGAUCUAUCUCGGCAUUGCAAUGUAUCUCGGCAUUGUCACCACCAGCUACAGUGGCGCCUUCUUUACUCCUACCAUUCUCAAACAGCUUGGAUGGACUUCAAUCCGUGCCCAGGUCAUGUCUAUCCCUAUCUUCGUCUUUGCCAUGGUUUGUGCUUUGACGUGUGCGGUUGCAAGCGACAGGCUUCGCCAUCGCUUUGGUUUCAUCCUAGCUGGCUGCCUCGUGGCCACCAUUGGCUAUGCCAUCUUAUUGAAUAUGCACCACGUAAGCGUCGGAGCUAGAUAUUUCGCCUUGUACGCUGUUGUCAGUGGCGGAUAUAUUGCUCAGCCAAUUACACUUGUGUGGCUGAACAACAACGUCUCCGGUCACUACAAGCGUAGUGUCAGUGCCGCAAUGAUGGUCGGAUUUGGCAACUGCGGCGGCAUUGUUGCGUCAAACAUGUUUGUGACAAGUCAAGCACCUGAAUACCCGCUUGGAUAUGGUUUGGGACUGGGGCUGGUCUGGCUAUGCGUCCUUAGCGCAGUUCUCUUCUUCUUCUACGUCAGGAGAGAGAACAAAUUGAGAGACCAAGGCCGACGCGAUGACAGGUAUAAUUUGCCAGACGACGAAAAGAACAACCUCGGAGACGACCAUCCAGGAUUCCGCUUCACCUAUUGA